UAUUUACGCACACCCAAUCCGUGGCCCCACAAAGUCGCGAGACCUCCUCGUCAACCUCCUCCUGGCCUUGGCGAAAGCUGCCAUCUAUAAUAGCAGAAGGAGGAUGUUAGACGAGGGGGUUCUCUGCGACUGUGGGGCCUAUUUCCGUUCUUCCCUAGUGUCACAAAUCCGAGCAGAGUUCCUCUGGGCGGUGUCCACUGGCUCCAUCGACAGCUUUGAGGAGCAGUGGGCGCUGUCCGGGGUUCUCUGCUCGGUGUCCCCAUCCAGUUCCCUUAUUUUAAACCUGUGACCCGCACUCCUUGACCCUGUUGUCAUUUUUUGUCCCCUGGAUUCAGUUGAACAUGGGUUCAGUGUCCCUCCCACAAGGUUGGGGAGGGGCUUUUAGAAUGUGGGCGGGCUUUGCCCGCCCACCUUCCCAUGAUUUCAAAUAGGCCCAUUCACAGCUGGAGCUCUUAGCGCUGGCGAGCCCAGACUUUGGAGGCAGAAUAUGAGGCGCUGUUUGGGGUUUUUUUCCUUUCUUAAGUAGGGGCGGGGGAACCUUUUUUGGGUCGGAGCCACCCACCCACAGAAAAAUCAGUCAGGGUUCUCACACAAGUGAAAAGCGAAGCAAAUUAAAACCAGUCUCCCUGACCUGGCCCCUGACUGGAAGGAGAAUGACAUUUCCCUUAUCUCCCUUGCACACCACAGCCUAGGGGACCCAGGCUAGGAGAUUCUGUGUGCUCCAGUUGGGAGGACCCUGGGAGCUGAGGGAGAGCUGGAGCACCAAUGCUUGGGUGGGAGCUCUGAGCCUUGGGGGUCAGAUCUAGCCCCCAGGUUUUAGGUUCCCCAUCCCUGUUCUUAAACUAUUCUCAUAAUCCAACUUCUAUACGAUCUUCUCUUUCUCCAGGCUACUGAGGUCAUAGUGUCCCUGAUGAGAAGGAUUGGGGGUUUAAGGCAGGUCCUGUAUAUGUAGAGUCCUACAAAUUCACAGGUAUAUCCAAGGCCCACUUUUAGGGCUGUGGAUACCAAUUUUGUAUGUAGAACCCUGCAAAUUUGCAAAUAACAUAGAUACCUGCAUCUAUGGAUGUGGUUGUAGAUAUCCGUGGAUCAGUUUUGCAGAUGCAAAUACCAAUUUUGUAUCCACACAGGGCUCUAUGUAUUUGUAUGUUGAAGCUGACGGAGAGUCAGAAUAUGAUGCAUUCUGAGAUUUCAUCUCAAAGCUGAAGCAAAAUGAAUGAACAUCCUAAAAAAAGAAAAAGGAAGACUUUACAUCCUUCACGUUACUCAGAUUCUUCAGGUGUAAGCAAAUAUAUUGACAACAAUGGAAUCUUUUCUGACCACUGUUACAGUGUCUGUUCUAUGAAACAGCCAGACAUAAGACUUUCUGAAAACAGAGGUAAAUUCCACGCUCCUGCACAGACCCCAGAUACUGAUGAUGAUGGCAGCCCUGUGCAUGCCGGGACAUCUCAUUGGACUGGAACACAGUCAAAUGUCAUGGGGCUGCCCUUUGCAGAGACAAAAAAGAAAGAGAAAGGUGCUAAUAAUGGAAUUUAUAAAGAUAUGUGUGAGUCACCUGUAUUCGGUGACAGUCCAAUUGAUGAGGAGAAACCCAUAGAUAUUCAAACCAUAGAAAUUUCAACUACAGAAGUUAAUGCUGUAGAAGUUCAUGACAUAGAGACACAAACUGUUUCACCUGAAAAGCUAGAAGCUGAAGACAUUGAGGAAAUACCUGUUGAAAGUUGUAAGCUUUUUGAGAAGAACCAUGCUUUGAAUAUCACUGCUCAGCAGAAGUGGCCUUUGCUGAGAGCCAACAGUAGUGGCCUAUACAAGUGUGAGCUGUGCGAGUUUAAUAGCAAGUACUUCUCUGAUUUAAAGCAGCAUAUGAUCCUGAAGCAUAAGACAUGUACAGAUACCAAUGUCUGCAGAGUAUGUAAAGAGAGUUUCUCCAGCAAAGUUCUGCUGAUUGAACAUGUAAAAAUACAUGAGGAAGAUCCCUACAUCUGUAAAUACUGUGACUACAAAACCGUGAUAUUUGAGAACCUCAGUCAGCACAUAGCAGAUACUCAUUUCAAUGACCAUCUUUAUUGGUGUGAGCAGUGUGAUGUACAAUUUUCCUCGAGCAGUGAGCUCUAUCUGCACUUCCAGGAACACAGCUGUGAUGAACAGUAUUUAUGUCAGUUUUGUGAGCAUGAAACCAAUGAUCCAGAAGACUUGCAUAGCCAUGUGGUAAAUGAGCAUGCCUGUAGAUUAAUAGAGUUAAGUGAUAGCUAUAGCAACAAGGAGCGAGGACAGUAUAGCCUGAUAAACAAAAUUAGUUUUGACAAAUGCAAGAACUUCUUUGUAUGCCAAGUGUGUGGCUUUAGGAGUAGGUUGCAUACGAACGUCAACAGACAUGUAGCUAUUGAACACACCAAAAUAUUUCCUCAUGUUUGUGAUGACUGUGGAAAAGGCUUUUCAGGAAUGUUGGAAUAUUGCAAGCAUUUAAAUUCUCAUUUAUCCGAAGGGAUUUAUUUAUGUCAAUAUUGUGAAUAUUCAACAGGACAAAUUGAAGACCUUAAAACUCAUUUGGAUUUCAGGCAUUCAGCAGACUUGCCUCAUAAGUGUACUAAUUGUUUAAUGAGAUUUGGAAAUGAAAAAGAUCUUGUCAGUCACCUUCAGAUACAUGAGACAACUUGAUGGUUUUAUUUUCUGUAGUCAAUUUAUUAGAAUUAAAAUGUAUUUUUCCAGUGUGUCAUAAGGUAAUAUUAAAUAUAGUUGUAACAGUCUACAGUGGAUAAUUGUAAUGCCAGUUGGCUGAUUUUUUUUUAAAUCAAAAAAUACAUUUAAUGACUGGUAUAUUUUGUUUUGGGGAAUUUCCUGGCUUUACAGCUUGGCUGGUCAGGGAACAGCUAUAUUUAAAGGUGAUUGUUCAGUCAUGUGCAGGGAGUGGCAUAUUAUAGUAGCCAUUUUUGAAGUCAUUCCAUCUGCUAACAUGUAAUUGGAUGUGUGAAGAACAAGAAGGUACCUCUUUCUCGGUAAGAAAAAUAGAAAAGAGAACAAAUUUC